GGGAGCGUGCGGGUGUGUGUGUGACAGCGUGUGUGUGCGCGCGCGUGUGGCCAUGCGUGACACUGAAUGGCCGGGUGUGUGUGCGACCAUGAGUGUGACUGUGACAGGUGAGUGAUGGAGUGUAUGUGUGACAGUGUGGGGGUGUGUGCAUCUGUGUGACUGAGUGUGUGUGUGUGUAUGAGUGAGUGUGAGUGACAGUGUGUGACAGUGAGCGUGCAUGCUUGAGUGAGAAAGUGUGUGUGUGCAUGUGUGUAACAGUGAGCAUAUGGCAGAGUGUGAGUGAUGGAGUGUGUGUGUGACAAUGCAUGUGUGUGAGUGUGACAGUGAGUGUGUGCAUGAGUGAUGGUCAGUGAUGGAGUGUGUGUGCAUCUGUGAGUGACCAUGAGUGUGUGACAGUGAAUGUGUGUGUAUGAGUGAGUGAGAGUGACAGUGAGUGUGUGACUGAGUGUGUAUGUGAGAGUGAGUGUAAGUGACUAUGAGUGUGAGAGAAAGUGAGGGUGAGUGUGUGCAGAAGAGACUGGCUGAGCUGGGAGGUUUUUGCUUUUGUUUGCCUGGUGGAUUUGUUUCGGAGUGUCUGAAAAGCCCUUUGUGUGUCACUGCUGUAAUCAAACCCCUGCGGGGAGGCGGGGAGAGGUGGAGCAGUGCGGAGGGGGCAUGCUCACUAGGCAGGUGAAGCAAAAGGAUCCGAGGCGCCCGGCUGUAUCGGUUGACCACACUGCAGAAGAGACACAAAGAAAGUGCUGAAUCAGAACAAAAACAGGGAUGAGGCAAAGGGAGGACUGAAACAACUUGAGGGCAGUCUGGCCUGAAGCUCCUUGCUUAUGACUGUUAUUCUGAGUGAAGGACCCUGCAAGCGCUACUAAGUGGUUAUCAUGGGCUUAAUUGCAUUUCUGAAGACCCAGUUUAUAGUUCAUCUCCUCAUUGGGUUCGUCUUUGUUGUGAGCGGAUUGAUCAUUAACUUCAUCCAGCUAUGCACGCUAGUCCUCUGGCCAAUAAACAAGCAGUUUUAUCGCAGAGUAAACUGUCGUCUCUCCUACUCGCUUUGGAGCCAGUUAGUAAUGUUGCUGGAAUGGUGGUCAGGCACCGAAUGUACUUUAUUCUCAGACCAGGCCACAGUGGAUACAUUUGGAAAAGAGCAUGUCAUCAUCAUCUUGAAUCACAACUUUGAAAUAGACUUCUUGUGUGGCUGGACUAUGACUGAACGCUUUGGAGUGUUAGGGAGUUCCAAAGUUCUUGCUAAGAGAGAACUGUUAUACGUUCCCCUGAUUGGCUGGACAUGGUACUUCCUUGAAAUAGUUUUCUGCAAAAGAAAAUGGGAAGAAGACAGAGAUACAGUUAUUGAGGGACUAAAACGUUUGUCUGACUAUCCUGAAUACAUGUGGUUUCUCUUGUAUUGUGAAGGAACUCGUUUUACAGAGACCAAGCAUCGUAUCAGCAUGGAGGUAGCUGCAUCCAAGGGGUUGCCUAAACUCAAAUAUCAUCUGUUACCGAGAACCAAAGGUUUCACCACUGCAGUCCAGUGUCUCAGGGGAACAGUUUCAGCAGUGUAUGAUGUAACACUAAACUUCCGAGGAAACAAGAACCCCUCUUUACUGGGAAUCCUUUAUGGAAAAAAAUACGAAGCAGAUAUGUGUGUGAGGAGAUUUCCUCUUGAAGAUAUCCCUCAAGAUGAAAAGGCAGCUGCAAACUGGCUUCAUAAACUUUAUCAAGAAAAGGAUGCUUUACAAGAGAUGUAUAAUCAAGAAGGCAUUUUUCCUGGCCAACAGUUUAAACCUCCUAGAAGACCUUGGACACUUCUAAACUUUCUCUUCUGGGCUACUGUCCUCCUCUCUCCUCUCUUCACAUUUGCUUUUGGAAUUUUUGCAAGUGGAUCACCACUUCUUAUCCUCGCAUUCUUGGGAUUUGUUGGAGCAGCUUCCUUUGGAGUUCGUAGACUGAUAGGAGUAACUGAAAUAGAAAAAGGCUCCAGUUAUGGCAACCAAGAAUUCAAGAAAAAGGAAUAACUGACAGCUGCAGCUCAGCACAUAUAGCCAGACUAUGGUAUCAAAUUAACUUCAUUAAAAAAAAAAAAAAACACUUAGAAACUAUCUUUUUUUUCCUUAAUAAGUGGUGACUAAUAUUAAUGAAUAAAACUUGAGCCAAGAGUGAAAAAAAUAGAAGAAUCAAGAGAAGAGAAAACAUCAACUUUUCUGCCUGUUUAAGGAGCAUUGUAUUCAAACUUUGAGAGAAAAUCUGGGCUAAAAAAAUGAUAACCUUGCUUUGUCUGUGUUUGGGGGUGCAUAUUGGAUGCUGCCACAUGCUUCUUCAGAUGAUCUAUCUCACUCACUUGGCAACAGGAGCCGUUGAACGUUUCCUCUUGCUAUAGCCAAUUUAAUAGUUGUUAUUUUUUUCCAACAUCUCGUCUUUUUUAAUGGUGAGGAUAAUCCAGAAAAGACAACCCAUUGUAAAUUAAUUGAUAGCUCUUUCUUAGGUGAAAGCCACUGGAAAAGCCAUUUCUUUAUGGCUACAGACAAAAUCCCAUUUGUAUAUGUUUUACUGAAGGUGCUUUUUAUUUUCAGGCAACAUCUUUUAACAUCUGUACCACAUGAAAAUGGAUAAUAGAAUUUUGAUGAGAACUGUACUUUACUGAUAAGCACACACUGUAGAUCAAAUUAACUAGUAUUAAUACAAUUUAAAUCUUCCCCCAGCAUCACGCUACCUGUUGCACAAAACUCCAUAAUACCCAACAUACUACUUGUGUUCUUGAGCAUGGUUUGCCCUGUUUCACACUUUGCAUAUAUUUAUGCCUCAGAUCUUGUUUUGGUUUUCUGUUUGUUUGCUUUUUGUUUUUAAGUGAAUUGUUACCCUGCGAUUUGGGCCUGUUCUAAGGAGGCUAUUAACUUAGUUGUCCUAAGGUCCUCCUUAUUUCUGUUUGUGUUUUAUCACCACUGAAUUCCCAUUUCACUGUUUUUUCUCAGGAGACUGUUGCAGGAGAUAACCAGCAUAAACUGUGGAGCAACCUUGAAAAGGUCUUCUUUUCUUUUUGUAACAACUUGAAAAGGAAGGGUCUGCAGCAAUCAGGAUUCAAAUCCCAGCCACUCCGAAUUUAAUGGCAGUUUCUGCCAUUUUUUUUUAGCAGGGCCAGGAUUUCACCUUAUAUGUGCUAACAUAUAUAUGGUGGUCUGUGUUGUGUUUCUUAGCUGACUUCGUUAGGAAACACUGUGAAGUAUUUGGUGGGUGAGCUAUGCUGUUAGAACUGAAAACCUCUAGAGUGAGUUUUGGGUAUCUUCAGGAAUUUUUAAUAUCUCCAAUUAUGAUUACUUACUGCUGAUCACAACUUUGGCUGUUACCUACCUUUGUCCAAAUGCACAUCCUGGGAUCUUGUAGGCUGCUGCUGUGCGUGCAACCUCGUGGCCAUUCAUAAAUAUGUGUGAACCUUUGCGUAUAUUUUCAAGUCUGAAGGUCAAGUUCUGCCCUUGGCUGAACUCCAGUAGAGUCAGCGGGAGUGCCUUCCACAGGUAUAAAUGAGGGCAGAAGAUGGUCCUGAAGGUCCAUGAGUGUGACAUUCGCUCUCCUCAUACCCCAAGCUCUGUUAGAAAGUUUCUUACUUUUGUAAAGACUGGGUCUCAUUAAAGUGCUGGGUUUUUUUUUUCCUUUGCUCAGUAGCCAAGGGUAAAAGACAGGUGCUAUUUUACCCCUUUCACAUUUUCUAACGGCUGAAGUUUAACCUCUUCUCCCACAGGGAUUUGCCUACAAGGAUUUUUUUUUUAGCUUCAGGCUUUACACUAGUGAUUUCCUAGCUUAGAGAAGUCCUUUAUUUGUUGGGGGGGCAUUAAUAAUCACUCCUGUCAUGCACCUGACUGUCCAUUUGGGAGUCUCUUAAUGAGAUGAUUUUUGCAGGGUUUUUUAUUUAUCCCAGUUCAGCACUGCACUGACAAUGCUGGUGUUAGUAUGUCAUGCUUCCAAAGCAAAUAAGUCUGCCCUGAAGUAAUGGUGCACAACUCUUAUUAGUGGCAAGGAAAGCUGAACAUGUGCUUCAAAGAGGCAGAAACCGGCUAGGAUUUGGGGAUGGAGGAUGGGGUUUUCUUUUGUAUUGGGCACUUUGUGCACUCACUUUUUAAACAAAAUUAGAACUCUGAAUGCUAAUAAUCAGAAGUCUCUGGUUUUAUUUGAUGUUUUCUGACCAGAGGACCAAAACAGGGUGGCUUGCUAUUAUUAUUUUAGGUAAUUGGGUAACAGCUGUAACUUUUGCUUGUUAGAAAGAUUUUACAGAUGCUGUACACUUGCUUUCUGAAGAUGCUACUGAGCUUAUUUAAAUUGCAGUUGCUUGGUAAUGAGCAAAGUAGGGCUUGCAAAGCAGAAAGACCACUGGCUAUGUUUUUCAAUUACCCAUGAGCAAAACCUAACGUAAUUCCCUUUCUUAAUAAUUGUGGGGGGGCAAGGCGGGGGAUGCAGUCUAAAGGAGGAAAAGUUAAAAUUCCCUUCUCUGUAUUGGGGAACUUGUCUCCUCUUAGUGCAUAUAAUUCCAAGUUAGAUCCAAUGGGAUUAGUGCAUGUACAUCAAGGGGAGAAUAGGCAUGUUUCAUGUGUUUCCUUUUUUAUUAUCAUAACAUAUUGGCCAUGCAUUUGUUUUGAAAGUAUAAUAAAAAAUAUUAUUGUUUACAAAAUUUUGGGUCUUCUAAGCAGACAUAUCGGUAACAAUUUGGAAAUCUGAAAUGUACAACAGUGCACAGAGCAGGACACAAAAUCAUGCAAAAAACCUAAUCUUUCAUUGAACUUCCUUCGUUUCUUCAAGUAAGUUUUUUAUAUAUCUAUAUCUAAAUAUACAGAAUGUGUAUAAAUUAACAUGAUUGGAAAUAGCUGCAGUAAAUGUGUCUAAUGAAGAGUAGCAGGUGGCUUGAAUUGGAAAAGUGAGCAUAGAUUUUAUAUCUUACACUCUUCUGGUUUAAUAGAAUAUAGCUUGUAUAUUUGACUACCAAGCCCUCUGAGAGCAAUAAUAAACAAAAAUAUAUCAUGAAAUUUUUUGUCUUUGAUUUGCACCCAUGAGGUCUACACUGUAAUUACAUUUAGGAAUCUGAAAGUCUUUCCCCCCCUACCCUAUUCAUCAUUUAAAGCUGUAAUUGCUGUUUGCACUUUUUGACUAAAUUUCAAAUUCUCCAGUUAUUAACAUGAAGGCUCAGUGGAGCUUUUUCUAUGCUGACUUUUUUGGAGCUUAGUCAUAAUUCAAAAGACACAUAGUUCAACAAAAUGUGGACAGAUCUCAGAUGCUGGGCUAUGACAGCCUUCUAUCAUUGGGCAUGCAAGGGGAAGUCACAUCCUCUCACGUUUUCAAGUGCAGUUAAGGGAUGGCUUGAUGCUGACCCUCUUGGCAGCCUUCUCAAGAUUCUCUCUUGCUGACCAUGGGCCAACUGUGGUCAAUAGACUGCUCUUGCAACUGGCUUUGUGUCCCACUGAGUCAAGUGUUUCUCUCAGGCACAAAGAGCAUAGACAAUGUCUUUGUUCCGCUCUAAACUACCUUGAAGGGCUCUAAACUUAAUUGUGGUCAAUGAAUGGGCUUAUAUGCCUUUUCCUAGUUGUGUAGCAUUCAUGGAAAAAGUGAACAGCUGCAACCUGACAUUCAGUUAUAUUAAUUUAUGUUGGUCAUCUUGUCUCCAUCUCCCAAUUUAUACAAGUUUGCUAAGUCAGCAGCUCUAUUCUGAUGCCUCCUGUCAAAUUCAGGGGCUUUCCAAAAUGCCUGUUGCAUUUCAGCACAUUUUCUUGUAAAAAGUUACUAUGAGUAGCUGUGAAUUUUUGUCUUCCUGUCCCUCAGGAUUGUUUAGCAAGUUCGAUAGGUAUGAAAUAGUGUAUGUUUGAGUCUUAAGUAUGUUGAUAACUCAGCAUCACUGAUACAGAGCACAGGCCUGUUGCAGGAAAGCAUGUCAUUUAAGAAGACUGUUCACAUAAGUCUAUCAUUAUUUAGUACCUGAUCCUUCUGACAUGAACUAGACUAAUAUGAGGGCAUUAGUUUGUUAUUACUUGGUGUGGGUAUCAUUAACCAACAGACCAAGAGUGUGGAUUUCUUGUAGUUGAGGGGGCAGUCCCUGGUGGGGAGUAUCCAAAAAGCUUUCUGUUUUGACUUUAGGCACUUUUGCUUAAUAAAUGGUCGUUUUUAUGCUGAGUUCAAAUUGGUCAGAAUGCUUUGAGUUGUUCCAAGAAGACGGGUAAUAAAAUACCUGUGUUGUUUGCUGUCUCUUAGCCAGAUGUGUGUCAAACACAUCCAAAAUAGUUUUGUCCCAAAUAAUUGUCAUUUAAAUAAAUAGGCCAAUUUAAAUGUGCAGAUUGAAUCAUGGCCUUCUCUUGUUAGCAGUGCAUUUCCCUUUGGGGUUUAGAUGCACACACAGUGAGCGCAUCUACAUGAGAUACUUACUGUGGAGUUGCCUAAUUAGCCCCGCAGUAAAGCAUCACCAUCUACACGAGUGGUGCUAUUAAGCCAGAGCAAACUAAUUAAUUCUGCCAUAAGAUAGUACUGCCUGAAACAAGUACUGCUCUAUGGUGGAGUUAUUUACUCCACUGCAGUGCACAUGUAGAUGGUGACUGGGGCUGGCUGGGGUACGAUGCAUAUGUAAACUGCACCUGAGUUUAUUGCAUCACAUUAAGAGUCGCAUGUAGAUGUACCUAGUUUAGCAACUGUUGGGAACCAGUAGCUGUUUUACUAGUUCUAGGUUGUGGCUUUUAGUAUAGGCUCAUCCACUUGACUUUAAUACUAACUUUGUGCUCAGUGUGCCACAGCUGCUCCCUUCCUAUUCAUUUGCUAGUUUCUCUAACCCUUGAUGGAGCUUGGACUGCUCCAAGCCCUGGUGCUGUAUGACGCUGGGCUUUGAAGCUCAUAAAGGCCAUGUUAAGGGUUGGAGCUGAAGAAUAAAGGGCACUGACUGGUAUCACUGAAUAAUUCAUCUGGGAAACUGGAACAACUGACGGAAAGUUUGGAAAACAGAGUUAGUUUUGUAGGCAUGUAAAGGACCAAAUUCUCAUCAUUGUUGUGUCAGAAUUAAUGUUCAAUAAUUCCACUGCAAUCAGUAGAGAAACUUGAUACACUGAUGUGGCCGGGAUCAAAAUUUGUUCCCAAAAAGUGUCUGUCCCCUUAGCAUCGUUAGAUGCUGGUCUUGGAAUCUAGGUUCGUAUUUUCUUGACUUUCUCAACACUUUGUGCACCAGUUCAUUUCACAUCUGAGUCAAAUAGCUUUUCUGCCUGCCACCAUAUUUUGGGAUUUCUGAAAGCCUGACAGUGGCAGAUCCUGUGCAAUGUUUGCCAGCCAUUAGAAGAUGCAUCUUUUGGAAUCUGGUCAUUUGUAUCAUAAGGAAUCCCCUGGCAAGAUAGUGAAUUGCUGUCCAUAAACCAGCAUGUCACAGCUCGGUUUUUGCUGACCUCUGGUUUUGAAUUUAAGGAACACAACUUUGAAAAUCACACCUGUAGGUAUAACUUUUUAAACAUGAAGUACAUAUAACACCUCAGCUCUGCUACUGAGGAAAAGUUAGCAAAACAGUUCCUAGUUUAACUUUGACUUUGGAGAGCACUUUGUAUAGUCAAUUGUCCUUUGCUGAAAAGAUCCUUAGAAACAGUAAAGUAGUAAAAACAAAAUUACCUUUUUUUUUAAAGGGAAUAUGCUAAAGAAUCAGGACAUAUGAUUUAACAGGGACUGUCAGAGACUGGAAUUUUAAAAAUCAAUUAAAAAAAAAUUCAGGUGGUCAAUGUCCCUUGAGGAGGAGAACGCUACAACUUUUCAAUCUUAUUUGUCUCAUUUCAUUUAUAAAUUUUCUGUCAAGAUAUAUUGUUAAGAAAGAGUAAUUUUUACUUAAUUUAUGAACCUUCUUUUUAAAUUAAUGUCUAAUUUGGGGGUCUUUGUUUAAUUGUAUUUUUAGAAGCACGAAAUUGUUUCUCAGCUUUCAUUUGUUUUACACACACACGCACACACAUGCACAUGCCCACACACACACACAUGCUGUACCCAAUAUAUUCCUUGCUUCUGCUGUCUCAGAACUGUGAGUUGUGACAUCUGAAUGCUACUUGCUUGAAAGCCAGUAAGGUACUGUAAACUGGCAUGUUAGUCAUAAAGAUCACCAGCAAGUACUGUAGCUUUAAUGAAAAAAAAUUCUUUGAGAAAGCUAACCAUCAUUAACCUAAUUGAUUGUUACAAACCUGUGAUUUAUUUUUGUUAACUACCAGACAUCAUUAUUAGCCAAAACAACUGAGUAAUAAAACUGUAUACAAGGUACAAAUUUACUGUGCAUGUGUAUAUAUUUUUGUACAUUUUUUACAGUUAUUUCCUACACGCAAUUUUAUGCAAUUCAGAAAAGCUGCACUUAAAUCUGUUAAAAGUUAGUAGUAAAACAAUCUCUCCUACUAUCAUUUCUGAAAAACUGUCCCAAACUAGUGCACAGAUUUACAGUGCUAUGCAAAUAUUACAUUGUAAGUUUUCUCUUAAAUUUGCUUAAAUAGUUCAUGGCUGUUUUUACUGAGCUUUCAGAAAAUGAUUAAUGCAAAAGACACAUCUUGUAAAAUAAAAUAGCUUUGGCUGUGUGGAAGCAUCAUCUAUUAGAACCUCAUUUAUGCUUUUAGUUCAUUUUAACUGUUGUAAGUGACUUUCUGUAUAUAACAUUUGUUUGCAUUUGUGCUUAUUGAAAAGCAGGAACAGUCAUGUAACAUUUGCUUUCAGGUCUGUUACUGUAUAGGGUAUCUGACAUUUAAAUGGAAGACCCAUGGUUUUUUUUCUGAUUUGGCUGACUAACCAAUUCUACAAAGAAAUGCAUAUAUUUAAUAUGUUUCCUUUUAGUUGCUUUGUUUGGUAAUUUGUCACUUUUCCUUCUAGGCCCUGAUCCUGUGAGCUGAUCCACGCAGAUGAGACUCCUCCACCAUUGUCAGACUGUGUUGUCUUCAAUGGGGAUUCCCCUGUGCAGAUCAUCUUGCAGGAUGUGGGACCCUAAGUAUAACUAGCACAUUAACCCAGGGGUCAGCUUUCCAGCCUGGGGCUGCUCUACCCCAGCUCAACAUGUUGCAGAGGGAGUGGCUGGGGCAUGAGGGUGCUACAAUGUGGGGCUAACCCAACAGGAAGCCCCCACACUGUAGCACACUCGUACCACAGCCAACCCCGGUCACCAUCUACAUAUGCAUUUUAGCGCGCUUGGCUACUCUGCUGUAAGAUAGUGCUUGUCUCGGACAAUACUAUCCUACAGCGGAGUUAAUUUACUACACCCUAAUACAGGUGUAUGUAUAGAUGGUGACACUUUACUGCAGAGCUAAUUAAUCAACUCGCAGUAAAGCGCACGUGUAGACACGGUCAGUGUGCAGUAUUUUUGUCCUUUCCCUCUCCUCAAAAGUAAGAAGAAAAAAAAACAAGAAAAAAAACAAGACAAGGAAAUGGAGUGGGGGGGCAGAGGGGAAGAAACUGAGGGAAAUAUUAUUUCAUUAAGGAACUUUUCAAGUAAAUGCAGAGCUGUGUAACUGAACAAGUUGUCUCCGUAGGUGGAAGGUUACAAGCUGCCUGUCUGGGUGGACCUUGGAGAUUAAAAUAAUUUUUAAAUUGCA